CCAGGCCGUGACCGGGGCGGGGGCGCGCGGCCACACUCGGGCCCGAGCCCAUGGGAGCGCUGAGCCGGGCGCCGGAGCGCUGAGCGCGGGCGGGCGCGGCCGGAGGAGCCAUGGACUGCAGCCUCGUGCGGACGCUUGUGCAGAGAUACUGCGCUGGAGAAGAGAACUGGGUGGACAGUCGGACCAUCUACGUGGGACACAAGGAGCCGCCCCCAGGUGCUGAGGCCUACAUUCCACAGAGGUACCCAGACAACAGAAUAGUCUCCUCCAAGUACACAUUUUGGAACUUCAUACCCAAGAAUUUAUUUGAACAAUUCAGAAGAAUAGCCAACUUUUAUUUUCUUAUCAUAUUUCUGGUACAGUUGAUAAUUGAUACACCCACCAGUCCAGUAACAAGCGGACUUCCAUUGUUCUUUGUCAUUACUGUCACAGCUAUCAAACAGGGCUAUGAAGACUGGCUUCGCCAUAAAGCAGACAAUGCCAUGAACCAGUGCCCUGUGCAUUUCAUCCAGCAUGGCAAGCUGGUUCGGAAGCAGAGCCGAAAGCUGAGAGUUGGGGACAUCGUCAUGGUCAAGGAGGAUGAGACCUUUCCCUGUGACUUGAUCUUCCUCUCCAGCAGCCGUGGAGAUGGGACCUGCCACGUGACAACUGCCAGCUUAGAUGGAGAAUCGAGUCAGAAAACACAUUAUGCAGUUCAAGACACAAAGGGAUUUCAUACGGAAGAAGAUAUAGAUGGCCUACAUGCCACCAUUGAGUGCGAACAGCCCCAGCCCGACCUCUACAAGUUUGUGGGCCGCAUAAAUGUUUACAACGAUCAGAAUGACCCCGCGGUGAGGCCAUUAGGAUCGGAAAACUUGCUUCUUAGAGGAGCCACGCUAAAGAACACCGAGAAAAUCUUUGGUGUUGCUAUUUACACGGGCAUGGAAACCAAGAUGGCAUUAAAUUAUCAAUCAAAAUCCCAAAAACGAUCUGCUGUAGAAAAAUCAAUGAAUGUGUUCCUCAUUGUGUACCUCUGCAUUCUCAUCAGUAAAGCACUGAUAAAUACAGUCCUGAAAUAUGUGUGGCAGAGUGAACCAUUCCGAGAUGAGCCGUGGUAUAAUCAGAAAACCGAAUCAGAAAGACAGAGGAACCUGUUUCUCAGGGCGUUCACAGACUUCCUGGCCUUCAUGGUUUUGUUCAAUUACAUCAUCCCUGUGUCCAUGUAUGUCACCGUGGAGAUGCAGAAGUUCCUCGGCUCAUAUUUCAUCACCUGGGAUGAAGACAUGUUUGACGAGGAAAUGGGCGAAGGGCCUCUGGUUAACACCUCGGAUUUAAACGAAGAGUUAGGGCAGGUGGAGUACAUCUUCACAGAUAAGACUGGCACCCUCACGGAGAACAACAUGGAGUUCAAGGAGUGCUGCAUUGAGGGCCACGUCUACGUGCCGCACGUCAUCUGCAAUGGGCAGGUCCUCCCUGGUGCUUCCGGCAUUGACAUGAUUGACUCUUCCCCAGGCGUCAGUGGGAGGGAGCGAGAAGAACUGUUUUUCCGGGCCCUUUGUCUAUGCCACACCAUCCAGGUGAAAGAUGACGAUGACGUGGACGGGCCCAGGAAGUCACCAGACUCGGGGAAAUCCUGUGUGUACAUAUCGUCCUCACCUGACGAGGUGGCCUUAGUCGAGGGUGUCCAGAGACUUGGUUUUACAUACCUAAGACUAAAGGACAAUUAUAUGGAGAUAUUAAACAGGGACAAUGACAUUGAAAGGUUUGAAUUGCUGGAAAUUUUGAGUUUUGACUCAGUAAGAAGGAGAAUGAGUGUAAUUGUAAGAUCUGCUACAGGAGAAAUUUAUCUCUUUUGCAAAGGAGCAGAUUCUUCAAUAUUUCCCCGAGUGAUAGAGGGCAAAGUUGAUCAGAUCCGAUCCCGAGUGGAACGCAACGCUGUGGAGGGGCUUCGGACUUUGUGUGUUGCCUACAAAAGGCUCAUCCAAGAAGAAUAUGAAGGCAUUUGUAGACUGCUGCAGGCUGCCAAGGUGGCACUUCAAGAUCGAGAAAAGAAAUUAGCAGAAGCCUAUGAGCAGAUUGAGAAAGAUCUUAUUCUGCUUGGUGCUACCGCUGUGGAGGAUCGGCUCCAGGAAAAAGCUGCUGACACCAUAGAGGCUCUGCAGAAAGCAGGGAUCAAAGUCUGGGUUCUCACCGGAGAUAAGAUGGAGACGGCAGCAGCCACCUGCUAUGCCUGCAAACUCUUUAGGAGAAACACACAGCUGCUGGAGCUAACCACCAAGAAAAUUGAGGAGCAGAGUUUACAUGAUGUCCUGUUUGAGCUGAGUAAAACUGUCCUACGCUACAGUGGCAGCUUAACCAGGGACAACCUCUCAGGACUUUCAACAGAUAUGCAAGACUAUGGUUUAAUUAUUGAUGGAGCUGCAUUGUCUUUAAUAAUGAAACCCAGAGAAGAUGGAAGCUCCAGCAACUACAGAGAACUCUUCCUUGAAAUCUGCCGGAACUGCAGCGCUGUGCUCUGCUGCCGGAUGGCGCCUCUGCAAAAGGCCCAGAUUGUUAAAUUGAUCAAACUUUCAAAAGAGCACCCUAUCACGUUAGCAAUUGGUGAUGGAGCAAAUGACGUCAGCAUGAUUCUGGAAGCCCAUGUGGGCAUAGGUGUCAUUGGAAAGGAAGGUCGUCAGGCUGCAAGGAACAGUGACUAUGCAAUACCUAAAUUUAAGCAUUUGAAGAAGAUGCUACUCGUUCAUGGGCAUUUUUACUACAUUAGGAUAUCUGAACUCGUGCAAUACUUCUUUUAUAAGAAUGUCUGCUUCAUUUUCCCUCAGUUUUUAUACCAGUUCUUCUGUGGGUUUUCACAACAGACUCUGUAUGACACCGCCUACUUGACACUGUACAACAUCAGUUUCACUUCCCUCCCGAUUCUCUUGUACAGCCUGAUGGAGCAGCAUGUCAGCAUAGACACACUCAAGAGGGACCCGUCCCUCUACAGAGAUAUCGCCAAGAACGCUCUACUCCGCUGGCGAGUGUUCAUUUACUGGACAUUCUUAGGAGUAUUUGACGCUCUGGUAUUUUUCUUUGGUGCUUACUUCCUGUUUGAAAAUACAACAGUGACCAGCAAUGGACAGAUAUUUGGAAACUGGACCUUUGGGACACUGGUGUUCACUGUGAUGGUAUUUACAGUCACACUAAAGCUGGCGUUAGACACACACUACUGGACUUGGAUCAACCAUUUUGUUAUCUGGGGGUCACUGCUCUUUUACAUCGUGUUUUCCCUCCUCUGGGGAGGAAUUAUCUGGCCAUUCCUCAGUUAUCAAAGGAUGUACUAUGUGUUCAUACAGAUGUUGUCCAGUGGCCCUGCCUGGCUGGCCAUCGUCCUGCUCAUCACUGUCAGUCUCCUUCCUGAUGUUCUCAAGAAGGUCCUGUGCAAGCAGCUGUGGCCCAGUGCCACAGAGAGAGUCCAGAGCACGCGCAUACAGAGUCAGGACCACCUCUCAGAAGUCAGCUAUCUUGCCUCUCUGCACAGCCCCAGGCUCUCGGCCGCGCACCCAGGCUCCUGCUCCAAACAGGUGACAGUACCGUGCCCAGAGAGCAAGGAGUGCUCGGUCCUCCCUCCCAUCGCCGGUGUCUCAAACAACCAUUGUCAUCCCAGCUGGAGACCCUGCUCCCAUGGGCCCUGUGGGGAGACAACUGGCAAACAAAUCACCAGUUUAAGCCUUUAAGAACCGCACCUCAAGUGUGUGUGUUGUGCACGCGUGUGCUUUUCUUCUGCCCCCAAAAGGAGGAGGAAGGGGCAACAGCAUCUGUCUGGAGCAUGUAGGCUGGCAGUUGGAUCGAGCACUGCUUUGUCGUUUCUUGCAGGCCCAGUAGCUUUGUGCAUUUUAUUGGGCUACUAAAAACAAGAACAUGCACAGGGCCUGGUACAUGUCGGAUGUACGGAGGCCCUUUUCUCCCCAGGUCAGGGUCUGUGUCUGUGCCCUCCGUUAUCAUCUCCACCACAUGCAUCACCUGAGGAGAACAUCUGCUUGGAGAUUGGCAGUCUAGCUCCGAGCGAGAGGAAGUCACACCCACCAACCGUCAUUUAAGCACAGACGUGACUUGCCCUCGCCAUGGGACAGAUGGGUCUGGCCUCUGCACUUCCUUUCUCCGGAGCCCUCUGGUAUUUCUGCUUUUGGCACAGACACUCAAAUAAUCAUGCAUCCCUUUCCCGUUAGAGUCGCAGACCAUGCUAUUGCUUUUGUUCAGAGCCCUCCACGUACUGAAGUGAAUUUUUAGGGUUGUGUCUGAUUCAAAGUUCGUUUCUCUGAGGAAAGUGUUACUCCUGUAUGUUUUGGGAUAUCUUUGAGUGUUUCAAUGUCUGCUCCUUUCCCGUCUCCUAGCUGCCUCUGUGGAGGGGGAAAAACAAAAAGAGUAUUCACAUGGGAGGAAUAGGUAAUACUGUCCAUUUACGCUUGCCCAGUACAACUUUUGAGAUAGUUAUCAUCAUACUCCCAAGGAUUGAGCUUAUCCAUUUACUAUUGUUGGGAAAUAUUUAUUUUACGGGUUUGUCCAAGACUGAUAUCUGGCUGUGAUGGUCAGACCCCCUUUCAAUGUCCUCAUCAAGAGGUGGCCUCUAAGGGCGGUGUUCGUCUUCCAAAAUCUAUUUCAGGCCAACAUUUGUCUGAUGGCUAGAUGGCCUGUGAGUUCUAAAAAGCAAUAUCGCCAUCCUAGACUGCUGCCAUCCUCGUAACACUGACCAAACCUUGCUCUGAGUUUUCUGUUAAAUCUCUGCUUGUCUUAGCGUGCUGUCCAGUGUUUUCUUUGGGGUGGGUAAACCAUCAGAAGGCUGCUAUGUUGUAAAGUUCCUGUCACUUUUCUGUACUGGUAUUUAUAUUUCUAGAAAUAAUCUAUUUGACAUAGCCUUAAUGGUCCGUAAUGAAGACAUUUCCGUUUGAGAUUCAAACUUCAGAUGUUAAAACUGAUGCCUUUUUAGAAAAGCAUCACCCGAAGCUAAACUAAAAGCAGGUACCUUGUCCACUGCCGGAUUUCAUGCUGUGGAAUUUGGUAAGUGAACACUGAAUAUCUACUUCAGAGAGGUUAGAUACUUUUAGAAGUGCAAAUUUCACAAUUUCAUUGUGUAAUGUUUCAGCUAAAACAGUGAGUUGAAAUAGGGGAUGAAUUGACAGCAAGAACAGUGAACACAGAGUAGUUGGGAUAAAAUAAGGUGAAGUAUAAACACCAUACCAAAGACCAGGAUAAUGAAUGUUUGGCUUAGAGGAAGACGGAGAAGGAGGAGGGCACCACUUCCAUCCUGAGGGUCCUCCGUGUCAUGCCUUGCAGUACCCAUCCUGUCCUCCUGUCACUCAUGUCCCCAUGAUCUGUGUGUGGUGGCAGUCCUUCACCCUUCUGCUCCACAAUAGGCCCUGCAAACAAUGGUGUGUACAUUUUUACAGCUGUUUUUAAGAACCUAAUAUGGGUAUCAAUGUAAUACCUGUAGGGGGGACAGAUUCUCUGUAUGUUUAGUUAACAAAUUCUUUGUAAUGUAUUUUUUUAGAAAACUUAAAAUUGCCUUUGCACUGAAGUAUUUUCAUAGCUGUUUAUAUCUCUUUUAUUCAUUUAUUUGUUAACAUACCAUACCUAAUUUUUAAAGUAUGUUUUUAAAGCUUUUCUUUUUUAAGUUGAUAAAAUUUUGGCCACUUUAAAUUCUGCUGAGAGUUUUAGCUGAAUGUCUCAGUACCUGAUGAAUGUGAAUUUUCAGGUUUGAUUUUAUUCUCUACACCUGUUCGUUUUUUUUUUUUUUUUUUUUGGUGUUUCUGGUGGCAAUGAUUAGUUAAUAGGCAUAUUUAGAGUAUGAUAAUUUGCUAUGCUUAUUCUUCCCAGUUCAUUACAAUUUCAUCUGUUUUUUGUUUUGUUCUUAAUUUUUAUCCUUCAGCCUUAAAACAGAAGCUUCUGGCUUGAUGGUUCAGUAUCUUCUUUCUACCUAUAUUGACAGUUACCACUUACCUCUGAUAAUUCAAGUCUCAUUAUGAAAGUCACUAAACCUUUACAUGCUCCAAAGUGAUUUUUAAAAAAUUGUUGGGAAAAUGAAGGGACUGUGCCUGAUCACUUGAAAUAGAUAAGGGACAUGAGAUAAAAAAUAAAAUAAAAGGAGGAAGAAAAGGACCCCCCUGAAAUGACAUUUCAAAUAUGUCUCUGAUAUUCAGAUACUCAGGUAUUAGUGUGAUUUUUCACCUUACAAUAGUUAGUAUUUACUUGCCUUCAUCUUACUUUAAAGCAAGUAAAGUCAACUUUAAGCAUUUUUCUUAGUUUUGAAAACUUUUUUCAUGACUACACGUUAAUAAAUUAUUAACUCAUAAUUUCCCAUGUUGGUUCGAAUAUCUGGUUCCUCACCUAUACUCCAUCCCAACAGCAAGUCAUGUAUAAAGCAAGCAUGAGUGGUCCUGACCAUGUCGCAUUCUCUUGCUUUUAGCUCCAUGUCCACUCACAGCCAUACACGUGCAUGUGUGCCAACUAGCAUGCACACAUACAAGUAAUACAUUCCCUAGGCCCCAAGUAUCCCUGACUCCUUCCUGAGGGGACCCUGUGAGGUGUCUCCAGGAAGAUAAGACUCCUUGGACCUCCAUGUCCAGUGUCCAGGCAGGACGCUGGAGCUUUGCAGGGCAGCCCCAGGAUCUGAAGCAGAGCUGCUGGAUGACCCAAGCUACAGGCAAUACCCUAGCCUAAGCUCCUCCUUUUCAGGAAGUCCAGCUCCCCCUCCCCCACUGACACUUCUUCAAAGCUCAGUCCUUAGGACACGCAGCAUCUGGGCCUUCCCGGCUGCAGCGUUUCUGCCUGUGUCCAGGGCAGUUAAGAGAAAAGGCGUCCUUCUUUUGGCAUCUCCUACUGGAAUGCAAAUCAACCCAUUCCUCUGCAUUUGAUUCAAUAGGGUGAACACAGACCAGGUAACACCCGGAAGGGCAUGGUCCCAUACGACUUGGUGGUGGCAGUGAACUAGGGAAGGAGAACAAAAACAACCAGCUUCUGCAAUAACAGGUUUAUAGAGUUGUAAUUUUGCCUGGUGAGAUUUUGUAGCUUUAACUACAAAAAUGUCUCUCACAUACCGUUAUAACUAUUUGUAAAUUGCUGGGCAUUGAUCAAAUGUUCAGUGCAAACUAAAGGAAGUUUUCUUCUCGCCUUUUUUUAAAAACCACUAAGUUCAUCUGUUCUGCACUGACUAGUAAUACCUAAUGCAACCACUACUACUUUAUUUUAAAAUUAAUAUUAUUUAUUUCACAACUCAAUAUAACAGCUAAGUAUGCAGUUUCUUGCAUUCUACAUUUUUUUGGAAGUUUCCCAUUUGUAACUUUAAAUAUAGGAAAAAAUAUCUGUUGUCAAUUGCAUUCUUUUUUUUUUAAGCUAGAGGGUAGGUGAGUGGGAAUGAGAAUCAUUCUGAUAUUGUCUAUAAAAAAAAGCUUUAAUGAAUAUGUGUUGGAAGUAUUAAAGUGAUUCUACUUUUGCAGAAAAAAAUCUAAAGAUCAGUUUCUAUAGCUUUAUUUUUUACCUUAUCAAAAUAUACAGAAUUUUAAUAUGCAUAUAUUGUCUCUGACUUAAAAUUAUGUGUGUGCAUCGCUGUUUGAAAUGUCCAUUGAUUAUGUAAUGUAAUAAAUGAGAAUCUUCAAAAAUGUAUUUAAUGUGAAUGGUAUCUAUAAUUGUCAUCAUCACAAAUACUGGAAUUUAUUUUUAAAUUAUUGAAUAUAGUAGGUGCAUUUAAGGUAAUAAAUCAUCCUCCAGUCAUGUUUAAUUGAUGAUAGUUCAUUAACCUGCUUUGAAAAAUUAAAUUGUGAAUUAAACCAAAUCUUACACUUCUGUAAAGUUUAUUUUGUAUGCUGUUUUUAACUUUUAUUUCUGUAGAUAAAGUAUGAGUUAAUAUUAAUGAUAUUGGACUUUUCUGCAGAUUAUCUAAGGAGA